UAAUGUCUGACCACUGAUUAGCAAACAGAAAUGUUGAAACAUUUUUUUCUCAGCAGACUACUUUGUUUGCACGUUUCAGACCACUAUUUACUGCCAUGUUGAGUUUUUACUCUGUAGACAUUCUAAUCAUAUUGUACAUUUCUACAAUAGAAUUUUGUGUCCAAUUACCCCAAAAAUAGCUGGUUUUGGCUUCAAUUUUGUUUUUUUUUCCCUUCAUCCUAAAAUGUUGCAUUCUUCAUGUGUCCCUGUCUGAACUUGUUUAAACAGAAUGCAAACACACUCUUUUAAUAGAACAGUUCAUAACUUGUCCUCAUUUGUUAUAAAGUCAUCAAGUGACCUGCCUACUCUGGUCACACCACCAUCUCCACCCUCCUGCGGCCCGCUUGGGUCACAUUUUGUGGUAAUAUAAUAAAGCCGAUGCACUACAGCGCAAGUUUUCCGCCUCUGCUCCCAGACUGCUGACAGGCAGCUCUUCAGAUCAGAGGACUCUAAAAGGGGAUUUGAGCCAAAAUGUCAGAACGCUACGACUGCACCGAGUGUAAGGACUCCCUUUACGGGCUGAAGUACAUCCUGAAGGAGGAGCAUCCAUACUGCAUCAAGUGCUACGAGGCGCUUUUCUCCAGCAGCUGUGAGCUGUGCAAGAAGCUCAUAAGCUGCACCAGCAAGGAUCUGUCCUACAAGGACCACCACUGGCACAGCGAGUGCUUCCUGUGCAGCAAGUGCAGCCGAUCACUCGUCGAUCGGCCCUUUGCCACCAAGAACGACCUGGUGAUUUGCACAGACUGCUACUGCAACGAGUAUUCUGCUAAGUGCCACGCGUGCCUCAGCACCAUCAUGCCAGGCACCAAGAAGAUGGAGCAUAAAGGCAACAGUUGGCAUGAGAAGUGUUUCAUCUGCAACUUCUGCCAGGAGCCCAUUGGCACCAACAGCUUUGUGAAGAAGGAUGGAAAAAACUACUGCAUGUCUUGCUACGAGAAGCAGUUUGCUCUACAGUGUGUUCACUGCAUGAAGCCCAUUACUGCUGGAGGGGUGAGCUACCGUGACCAGCCCUGGCACAAGGAGUGCUUUGUCUGCAACGGGUGCAAGAUGCAGUUGGCCGGCCAGCGUUUCACCUCUCGAGAUGACCUCGCCUACUGCCUGGAAUGCUUCUGCAACCUGUUUGCCAAGACAUGUGCUUACUGCACCACCCCAAUCAGCGGUCUUGGGGGAAGCAAGUACAUCUCAUUCGAGGAUCGCCAGUGGCACAACGACUGCUUCAACUGCCAAAAGUGUGAUGUGUCACUGGUCGGUCGAGGCUUCCUGACAUUCAAACAGGACAUCCUCUGUCCCGACUGUGGAAAAGACAUCUGAAGUCCUCUGAAGAAAGUUUGGAAGCCUCCUCCCAGUCUGACACAUUAUUUAUGUCAUUUAUCAUACAUUAACAAAGGUGCAGUGGUGAUAUAUUCUGUAUGAUGACGACUUUAUUUCACAAUGUUCUUUAUAUUACAGUAGCUUCUUCAUCUGAAAGUAAACAAUAAUAUUAGUCAACAAAUAUGCUUCGUUUUGGGUAAUAACUUUGUUGCAUAAUACUUAAAGUGACAGUGUGUAUUUUCCCUGGCAAUAGGGGGCAGUACAUACCUACAUCAUUGCAAGGAGGCAGUAUUUUUGUGUUUUAGUGAGACCUAAUCAACAGAUGGUCAGUAGGGUGAAAAAUCCCUGGGAGCGCAAUUUUCGACCGAGUUCUUUGUCAGUUCAUUCAACAUCCAGCAAUAGGGCAAGUACACCAGACUCCCUUUCAUCACUGGCAACGAGUGCAAAGGUAAACUUGUAAAACAAUGUUUAUGAACGGCAAAUGUUUUGUAACCGCUUGUUGCAAAUCAGUAAAUGUGUUUCGUCCUCACAGGCUCCCGUAGAAGGAAACAUUGUGUCUAAUAUGGUGUUUCCCAGAGACUUAGACCUGCUUCCAUGUAUUUUAGACCCGCUUUUUAUGAAUCUAUGUUACGAAGCUGCCAAUACUUUUUAACAACUAGCAUCCUUUAAUUGCUAUUGAAGAGCAUUUCAAUGGAUGUUUCCAGAGAUCAAGGGUAAAACCUACACAUUGUCACUUUAAUAUACAUUUUAGAUAAUAUAACAGCAUGAGAAUAUGUUCCUACUAAUAAUGCAUGUUGUAAUCACCAUUUCUCUCUAAUAAAAUCAGAAGUUGCCAAGCAAA